AUGAGCAAGCUAAGCCUGCGCGGCCGUACAAACGAUGAUGUUGUUGCGGCUAAGCCUUCAGCUAAGAAAUCUAAGAAGAAUGACGAUGUUGCUGUGGUGAUUGAAGAGGAUGACAAUUCGCUCAAGCGACGACUGCGCCCUAGGAAGCCCAAGACAACUGAGGCUGAACCCAUUGCAACUAAACCUGGGCCGGCGAAGAAGCCGAGAGUGGCUCAGUCGCGCAAGAGCAAGGCUGUCGAGGCCACCAAGACGAAGGAGACUGCAUCGAAGACGAAAAUCAAGAUCGCCCGUUCCAGCACUUCCAACAAGACGAGUGAUCAAGAUGCUGAGUCUACGACCUCAAAGGACAAAUCCUCAUCCGCCAAAGAACCUCGAGUUAAGGGCGAAUCUUCUGACGAUGUCCAAAUCAUCAAGAGUCAGCGAAAAGUCAUCACCAUUGACACCACUGACGAGAGUCCCUAG